CGCCAAUGCUCUGAUGUGCUGAGCUCUGCUCUAUUCUACUCUCGGUGCCUGCCUUGCUCGGCUGGGCUUGUAUUGUCUUUGUUUAAUGCCAAGUUUCAACCGUGGUUUCUGAUUCCGUUUUCCUGUUUGGCUCCUUUCGUAGAGCUCAUUCUCACUCUCACGACCUGAUUCUUCAUAUUCUUCUUCCUCUUCUCCGUGUGUCGUCUCCGUGCUGUGCCUCUUCAUCAGGGGUGCGCGUUUAGCCACAAUUUUUAUUUGGUUAAGUUUUCGAGAGACGUAAGUGAGUUGUUUCGUCGACGGAAACCGGUAGUGUUAAUUGUAGUAGAGCUGAGGUGAGACAAGAGAAGGGUGAGAACAGGCUUCUUCUUCUUCUUCUUCUUCUUCUGGGCAAGGAAGAGAUUGGGCGACAACGGAGUUUUGUUGCAGGGAACUUCGGCGGUGUCGGUUGCCUGGCUGCGUGGUGGUGGUGGUAGUGGUGUGGAGUGCGGGUGAGUGUUUUUGUUUAGCUUUAUCAAUGAGAAGCGACUGGAGUGGAGUUCGAAAGCCGCUCGAGUUAAGGAGAAACUGGAGGAAGUGAAGGGAUGCGAAAGAAGAAAAGAGCCUUACGUUGAACUUUGCAUAUUUGUAUUCCUGCCGAGCUUUCGUAAGCAGCUCAAUUGUGCCCUCUUAAUUUAACGGAAUGUUGGUCAUGGCGGGCUUCCAUUUUACCAGUGCAUGGGAACGCAUUGCUGAUUGCAGAAGCAUCAUCUGUCAACCCACAGUUUUGUGCCUGCUGAGGUGUACUCUUUGUUAGGGCUGGCUACAAUGGUGUGAGUUUUCAGGCACUGGGAUUUUUAGCAGUUAAUGUGUAGCAUGGCCAGAAUAAGGCCUGAAAUGAAAUUGAAUAGGUACUAGUGUUUGAUGUUCGUUUCUUCGUGUUGGCACAUUUGGGUGGUGAAGGUGAUGGUAGAGUUUUUUUAAGGAAGGAGAAUUGGAGGAUGAAAAGAAACCCGUUAGGAAAGUUUUGGAAGAGGUUGGCGCGGACAGUAGAGGAGGUGAUGCAGUUCCAGUUCGGGUGAUGGUGCGGCUGGUGGUGUUUGUGGGAGUUACAGAUAGCGAAAUUGUGCCGUGGCUAUGGCAGUUUUAGUUUCCUUUUUGUUGAUGAAGGCAGUUCCGACGCUCUUGUCCUGUUUCGCGUUCACUUCUUUCUCGCCCCUGUUCUUUGUCGGGUCUGUCUCUUUCUCAUUGCUCUUCGUAUCGCUAUCGGUCCUCAUCAGCGUGGUCUCCUUGUGCCGGAAUCCGCACGAUGAAGUUUCCUCAGCAGAGGAGGAUGAUGCAAAUUAUAAUAAGAGCUGCUCCCGGAUGAGCUCGAAGCAGAGAAACCGGUCAUGGUGGUGCUUCGGCGAGGCACCCCGCGGGUUCCAGCUGACGAUGUUGUUUCUUACGUGGGCGCUCCUGUUCCUGUUACUUUGUUUGGCACCUGCGGCAAAUGCUGAGAGCAAAGUCCAGCUUAACAUAGAGCAGCUAGGAUCCUUUGGUGUCGAAUCAGAAACUGCUACUCCUUCUGUAGGCGUUAUUUCUGAAGUCGUUUGGAAAGAUUUGAAUCAAGUUAACACAGCCUACCAAAGCUCCACUAGUGGAGCCUCCCUCAAGAGGCAGGGGGGCGGUGGGAGUGAACAAAAGUUGAACAUCAAAGUCGAAGAGCAAACAAGACAGCAGAGCAGUUUUCACGCUUCUGUUGGGUUAGGUCAGUUGGGUCAAGAUCUGCAACAUCCUAGUGACGACAAGGUUGAGCUACAAUUAUGUGGAGCCCUUGUUCAAACUGGACAGCAAGUCACGUGUCACCCUCCUGGGUCACCUGAGGCCGAGAAUAGGCUUUCAGAUAUUCGUGACUGCUCUAUGUUUUCCUCGAAAGUUGCAAGUGCAUCGCUGCAUUAUGGGGAUAUUGCCGUCACUCCUCAACUAGUCUGGAUGCCCCAGCCCUUGUAUCAGCGCCAGGUUGCUUCCUUGACUAUUAUUAACUCAUGCAAUAGCUCAAAAUUAUCACUUGUUGCUGUUAAGAGUGAUAAUAGACAAUUCUUUGUCUGUGCCUUCUCUGAGAAAUUUGUUGCCCCUGGAGGAUCACUUACGUUCCCUGUGUGUUACUUACCUCAGUACUUGGGAGCAGCCACAGGAAGGGUAACUAUAGAAACCAGGUCAGACCCAAUAGUAGUGCAGUUACAAGGGGAAGGUAUUGCAUCUCCUUUUCAGAUGCACGUCAGGGUGCAUGAGAAGUCGCACUAUGUACUUUCCCUCUUCAACCCUUUUAAUGAAAGUAUAUUUGUGGAGGAAGUACUUGUUUCCUCAGAAGAGAACCAAUGGCACACCACAGGCUUAUUCGUAGGAAAUACAGAUGUGGAUCGUGUCAGUGGUGUACCUUUAGAUGAGAUUGUAAUUGAGGCAAAGGAACCCAGUCGUGGUGAUGAGAUAAAUUAUAAACCUGGGGUGUUGAUGCGAGCUGGAGCGACAUGGGAAAUCCCCGCUCAGGAAAGUAGGGAUAUCGUAGAAUUUAUAGUAGAUCUGAAGCGAGGGGAAGUGUUUCGGGGGGCAUUCCAGAUACGGGCCACUGGGGCACCUUUUGGGAGCGAGGGCGGUGUUCUAGUCUACCCGUUCAGCUCACGAGUCUCCAAGCCGUCUUCUGUGGUUUCAGUACCUGAUACUGUAGACUUUGGAAUGCUGGUUGGGGAUCAGGCGCGGUCCCAGCCCUUGGUGCUGGAAAAUUCUGGUGGCCAGUUAAUACAGGUUAAAGAAAUAUAUGAAGUGGCUAAAGAUUCAAGAAUUACAAUUGAGUACAAGAAAGGGUGCGUUCUGCUCCCAGGCUCUGAGACCGAAGUUGCCAACAUUACCUACAGGGGCUAUAACCAGCCCCACGUAUCCAACGCAUGCAGUAGCUCUCAGAAGAUCAUGGUGCGCACCAACAGCACCAUUGGUCAUCUGAUGGAGAUUCCCUACAGAGUAGUGGUGUUGCCGUGUUUGGAUCCUCCUGCCUUGGCCUUCGUGCCCAAAUCUACAAUGCGAGCAUUAGGAGACCUGAGAGGCUCUUACACAGGCCAGGGCAUCAGUGACUUGAUUAUGGACUACAGACUGUUCCUUGGGCUUCUCUUUUGUGGGCUCAUGGUAGGCGCUUUAGUGUUUUUUCAAGCUGUUGUGCGUGAGACCGUGUUGCCGACGUCGUCAGGGGAUCUGAGUAAGGGUGGUUCGCAUCGGAGAAGUUCCAGCGGAGGCAGCCCUUUUAUCAAGAGAAGGGAUAAGCUGCUGAAGAUGUGGGGAUGGGGAGCUCUUGCCACUGUGACAGAAGGCCUCUGGGCAGCUUUUGGAUCCGCCAUUUGGAGGAAGGAAUGCAGCGCAUCCUCCUCCAAUUACACUCUCCCGCGAUCUGUGACGCCAGUGCCGGCGCCUACACAGACUGGAAUACAAGCGACGAAGGCCAUUGGAGGAGCUGCGACGUCUGCUUCAGGGUCAGUGCCCACAGCGGGUCGAAAAUAUAGCUCAGAUAGAAAGAAUAGCGGUGCUGCUAAACCCGACCAGACACGGAGUGGUAAAGGUAAUGCGGAGUCAUCGAAUAGCUCCUCACCUCUGAGCUCUAAAGAUCCGCAUCAUCACCCUCAAUCCAUCAAGCAACCGAAGACUUCGAAAUUCUUGAGACCGGGAAACUCUUCGGCUAAGCAUACCAUCUGCAUGGAUGAUCUGGAGGAGGACACCGAGUCUAUCGUGAAAGAGGUAGUAGCAGUUGAAGCGAUUGCAUCUGUUAACGCGGUCGCACGCGCGCAAAGUGCAUGUCCUACACGGCAGCCUCCCGUCAAGGAGUCGCCGAAGGACGAAGUGACCCUUAAGCCACAGCCUGUUUUGCUACCUGAGCAACCCCUACAGACAAACGAACGGGAGAAGCGCAGGCAGAGGAAGAAACAAGUGAAACAUGAUGUGGCUGCAAAUUUUAGUACCUAUGGAGGCGCGUCGCCAGGGUCUCCUGCCUCUCCGGUGACGCCUUCCAGACUGGCUUGGUCUGCCGGUCCUCCCUCUCCCUUCGACAGAAAACCAACUAAAUCCACUUCGUCCCUGUCUGAUCAGUCAACAGCUCCCUUGAGCCCCAAGAGUUCGGGAUCUGUUGAACACGCAGACGCUGUCCCACUUCCCAAAAUCAAGGUUAAGGUCCUUAAUUCUUUGAAAACCACUAACCCUGCGCCUGUUGGGUCAGGAACCGAAAGCCCCAGGCGUAGCGUUAGUUCUACUCCGUCCCAUCAGCAGCCCAGGCAGCAGGGAAGAGUAGCGGAUUCGCGUAAGCAACCUGUGGUAGAGAAGAGUUCAGGUGUCGGUGGGAAAAAGGGCACCAGUGGCGAAUGCGCUGCUGUAGCUCGCCAACCACGGAAAACGUCAACCUCUGGAAGCGACAAAGCACUGGAAGUUACUGAUGGAGGCCACUCUCACCGAGGGAGCCGGUAUCCUCAACGAAGAGGCAAUGCGUUUGCAGUAUCGGAAGUUGGACCUGCAGCUCUCACCUCCUCGGCUUCCUUUCCACCUCGGAGCUCGCGUCCGGGAAUCUGGACCAACAACUCUGCUUUCGAGUUCGGCGUUGGAGUACGGAUCGACUCCUUGGGUGUUGUACCCCCACCAGCCAUUCCGCCGACUCUGCGAGCCCCUGGAGCAAGGAUCACGAAACAAGUUAGUAAUGCAGAGUCCACAUCCUCUUCAGGUACAUCUGUGGAUGCAGGUUGGUCCAGCCUCGGAUUCACCUCCAGCCCGGAGCUUCCUGACGGCCGUUUAGACCAAGACCUUCGUCCCGGCAGUCCCUGGCACUCGAGCAAUGCCCUGUCUGGGCAAAGCUCUGGAGAGCUAGUAUAUGAUAUCUGGGGGAACCAUUUUGGCAAUCUCAGUCAAUGCAGCUCCCACAACGAUUCCUCUUUCCUUGGCGCAGGAUUUAACAAGCAGAAGGCUAAUCCCUUCAGUGGGUUUCACCGGCUGCUGGUCCCUGACCACCAUGCUGAGAUUCUCCUGCCAGGUUCCCUCACCGGUGGUCUUGCUUGCGACAUGAGCCCCACCACGCGAGCCCCGUUCGCGCCCUUCUCUGGGUUUUUUUCGGAAGGUUCUACUCUGGGUCCCGAGGAUCAUAGCCGGCCUGUCUCCCCAGCUAGUGAGUUACCAGAUCAGCUCUUCUCUGAUUCACCGAUAGCUGGAUUCACCGAGGUGGUUCCCUCAACUAUGGCGGUACCUGUAGCGAAACCCAGAGUGAGAGUCCCCUAUUCUCCACCCAUGGGUUGUGUUGCUGCUUCUUUUUCUAGCCCUCCUAGCACUCCAACCGUUGUGAGUCAGGCUGCGGUGUCCAAGGCCUCGAGCUGCUCCUUUUGGGCACAUGACAGCAGCCAACUCCUGGAGAGUACGUUGUCACCGACCAUCUCUCUGACGUAGAUUUUUAUUGACCUUUCAGCCCAUGAACUUUUGGUGGCUGAGCCCGUAGUAUUGCCUAGUAGGUGUUGGAAGAAGGCCGCCUAGCUGUGCCGUGGAUUUGGUGGGGGGCGACCAUCAACUAUCCUCCCUCCCCCAAGAGGCUCUGCUAAAUUGUUCAUAUACAGACCUAAAAACUUCUGUGUUGCUGUGCUAGUCUGUGACUUGGUGAAAAACAUGAGAGAGAGAGAGAGCGAGAGAGAGCGGAAGAGAGUGAGAGAAGGACCUGUACCUGUUCCUACUCCGACUUGCUUCUUAUUAAACAUCCUUGCUGUUAAAACAGUCUGCCGAACUGGCAUCGAGGCAAUUUCCGUUUCCUACGUCGGCGGAUUGUAUGCCUCAGACUCUCCCUUUGCUUCCAAACUUUCCCACCUCUCAUUCUCUCCA